CAGAAAACAGAGAGAGAGAGAGAGAGAGAUAGAGAGAGAGAGACGGAGAGAGUGCGUGAAAUAAAUACAGAGAGAGAAGCAGUAUAAAAACAAAGGAAGAAGAAGAAACGGGCACUUUCGGACGGAGGAACGCUUAAAGCACUGACUCUCUCUCAUUCAAUGCUUUACCGAACUCACCAUCCCCUUUUCUUCUCCUAGAACCCUUUUACCACCACGACAACCACUUCACCUGUUCCUCCCCGUCUUCUAUCUCCUCCUAUUCAGGGAAUGGAGUGUGCUGAAGCGGCGUUGAAAAACUGUACUAGUCCGGAGGUGAUGGCCGUGAAGAAAACCCAACAACAACAACAACCACCAGCGUUUUUGGACGAAUUGCCGGCGAUUAACGGAGUCUCUGGAGACGAUUCGUUUGUCGAUGACCUUCUCGAUUUCUCCAAAGGAGGUAUCGAAGAUGGGUUUUUAGAAACAGAGGAUGAACCAGAGGAUGAAACCAAGCCAUGCUCUGUCUCUGUUUUCCCUCAACAACAAGACCAAAAAGCAGAGAAACCCAACCACUCUGACCCAACCAAAACUAGUACUUUUUCCGUCACCGACGAUUUUCGCAGCGAACUCAGCGUUCCAGCGGAUGAUUUGGCAGACCUCGAAUGGCUUUCUCAUUUCGUGGAAGAUUCCUUCUCCGAAUAUUCUCUAGCCGGAAAAUUACCUGACAAAACCACCGGAAACCGGUCCGAACCGCUGGAAAUUGCAGUCCUGGCCAAGUCAUGUUUCACGACUCCGGUUCAGACCAAGGCGAGAAGCAAGCGGCUAAGAACCGGUUCACGAGUUUGGUCACUGGGCUCUCCUUCGCUGACCGAGACGACGUCGUCUUCUUCAUCAUCUUCGUCGACCUUGUCGUCCUCACCUCCAAACCCUUGGCUCAUCUUCACUACCCUGAGUCAAACCGCCGACUCACUCCUCCGGCCGCCGUUGCCGGCGGCGAAGAAACCCAAGAGAAAAAGACAAGAAAUUCCCGGCGGCGGCGGUGGUGGGUCACAGCAGCCACGGCGGUGCAGCCAUUGCCUCGUCCAGAAAACGCCGCAGUGGCGAACCGGUCCACUCGGUGCCAAAACUCUAUGUAACGCCUGUGGGGUCCGAUACAAAUCGGGUCGGUUAUUACCCGAGUACCGACCCGCCUGUAGCCCGACUUUCUCGGGCGAUAUCCACUCCAACAACCACCGGAAAGUGUUGGAAAUGCGGCGGAAGAAGGAGGUGGAAACCGGGUUGGGUCCACCGGUUCAAAGUUUUUGAAGACGGUUUAGUUUAUAUAUUUUUAUAAAUUGAUAGAUAGGAUUCCGGAAAGAGUAGGAAGUGAACCGGAGAGAUUGAACCCGGUUCGGGGAGGUUGGGUUUAGUUUUGGGGGUUCAAGUGUACACUUGUUUCUUGGUUGGUGCGUUAGAUUUGUAGGGGAAUGUAACCGAUUAGUGAAGGAUUGGAGUAACUUUAAAUAUAUUUUUGUUA